AUGGGUGCCUACGCUCCCGUCACCAUCCAGACAUCUCUUGUUGAUGCGUCAUUCCCAGCGUUAGCCCUAAAAGCGACUUGUUCCAUGGCAGCCGUCAGUAUAUCGAUGACAACCCGUUCUGGUCGGACUUCCAGGAAGCAGCCUCUAAGAUUGCCUAUCAUUGCCCCCAAGAGUUGUCUGGUGAGCCCCAGCGCCGGCCUGGACCCUCCGACGCCCAAGAAGGUUUCGGUCCGCCAGCACCGACUGCGCUUCCCACCCCGUUCCCGAACUGGUUGCUGGACGUGUAGAAGCCGCAAAGUCAAGUGCGACGAAGUUCACCCUCAGUGUAAUCAAUGUGCUCGUCUGGGCCAUGUCUGUGACUACCAACCACGAUUGUGCUUUCGAGAUGAUACCCGUCGCGUAAGGGAGCGCAUGCCGGAUGUUAGGACCGCGGGAAACGUGGUUUGGGACCCGACAGUCACUUCGUGGAAAACUAGCGUGCCUCCAGCUACAUGCGACUUACUCCCGCCCUUCGCGAAACUCACAUCAGAUGAAGAGCGUGAGAGAAAGGCGCAAGCAGCGGUACCUGGAACUUACCAUGUGAUCGCCAUCCCAGAGAGUUUCUCUCAACUGCCUGAGUAUGCAGACGCGGACUCUGAACAAGAUUCUGGGAACGAUGCUCUGCUCGAAAACACUAGUGGCAGUAAUCCCCCGAUCGAAGAUGACAAUUGGGUCCAUGGACCAAAUGUCGUUGUAUUGAAGAGCUUCAAGUCUGCACGAAGACACUUUUACCCAGACAGGAGAAGUACCCCUCAAUCACCUGAAUCAGACCAGGGAAGCUUCUCAUUAUCUGCACCUUCGGUAUCGGAAUUGAUCCCGGACUAUCCGGCCACCGGUGUACAGCAUAUACAGGAAAGCGCCGAACCCAAUUAUUCUCAAAUGCUUCUUCUCGAACAUUUUCGUCAGUUCGUGUGUUUCCAGCUCCUUCCAUGCACUGGCCUUUUCAAUAUCAACGGUCUGGAUGCGACUGUGUUUGAACGUGAAGCGUCAAACUUCCCUCCUCUAUACCAUACAAUGAUGGCUCUAUCCGCUCUCAGUCUGGUUCGCCACGGGGGUGGCCAUCACAUCGAUGCCUCAUAUUACUACGAUCGGGUUGCCGCUCUUUCCCAUGGUAGUCUCUGCAAUGAAGACCUCUUGUCCGAUGCUCUGUAUCUGACACAUUUUCUGAUGCUUGUUUAUGAGGUUGUGGCCGCCAACCCCGGUGGUUCAAACCUUUGGUCACAUCACGUCUCUCGGCUGCUUCAUUUGGCCUUGCUGCGGCAAUCAAUUCCGGGGGCUGAACGAUUCCCUUGCAUCGCUUGGUGGGUAUGCCACGUGGAUCUAUAUGCGCUGUUCAGCGGUGCAGGCACGGGGGAGUUUGUCCGCGCCGUUCUCGACAAUCAGCUGCUACUAGACUUGCAGUCGCUGUGUUGUGCAGUUGGGCCCAGUGACUCGGAAUAUUCACACGCUGAUAACAGCUUACCUCUGAUCAUGCGAUUAUAUUACGACACCUUUACAUUAGCCAUCCGAAUAGGACUCCUCGCCGUUGAGACGCGGGAUGCCAAAGAGUCUUACCUAAACAACUACUUGGGCUCGCGGCGACAGGAACUAAGGGAGGUACGUGAUGUGUUCAUAAGGCUAUGGGGCCAGCAGGAGGUUGGGUACUUGUACCAGAAUCAAAUUAGUCUUUCAGAACAGUCGCAGAGUCUGUUGCAGCCGCUUGCUAUUCUGUAUCACACCAGCCUGCUCUUCUCCUCGACCAGUCUCUGGGCAGGACAGCGAUUGGAGUCUGAGGCUGCCUCAGACGAGGAGAUUCACCACCACGCGAUGCGAAUCUUACAGAUCGUAUCAGGGAUCGUGGAGAAGGGGCGAGCAGGAGACCGGCGAUUCAUUGCCUUUCCCAUAUUCCUGGCGGGCGCUGUGGCUCCAACAAGUGGGCUGAAAAUGAUGGCCUUGGAGCUACUAUCCAACCUAGAGGAGGGCGAAAUUGGGUAUAAUUCGGCUACAACAUGUCAGAUGUUGCAGGUAUUUUUUGAACGGCAAAUCCAGCAUUCUCAGCGUGGAGGCCAUGCGCUGGAGGUCGACUGGGCGGAGGUGCUGGCCGAGCAUGGGCGACCUUUAGUCAACUACGGUUGA